AUGGAUGUGGUGGAGAAAAGGGGACCGUACCUCAUGGGCAAACCUCCCUCCAUUCAUGCCAAGCUCCAGCGGCAGCGCCAGCAGGCGAGGGCAGCGCUGCGGAGGCAGGGGCUGCUGGGGGGACCUGCCCCCCCCCACCCGAACCCACCACCUAAAAGGUCGGUGAAGUUUAACAAGGGCUACAUGGCGCUGAGCCAGACAGUGGAUGAAAACCUGGUCUCCCUCGAGUCAGACAGUGAUGGGGAGCCGGGAUCCAGAUGUUCCUCAGGCUACUCCUCUGCUGAGAAGGUGAACCAGGACCUGAGCCGGCAGCUGCUGCAGGAUGGGUACCACCUCGACGAGGUCCCUGAUGAUGAAGACCUGGAUCUCAUCCCCCCCAAACCCAUCUCCUCCUCUUGUUGCCCCUCUUGUUUCGGGGCAAACGUCUCCUGUGUCAUCCAGUAG